AUGGUAGAGUUGAUCUUAGCACCUGAACAAGGGAAUGAGCUGCACCAUUUAACACCUGAACAAGGGAAUGAGCUGCACCAUUUAACACCUGAACAAGGGAAUGAGCUGCACCAUUUAACACCUGAACAAGGGAAUGAGCUGCACCAUUUAACACCUGAACAAGGGAAUGAGCUGCACCAUUUAACACCUGAACAAGGGAAUGAGCUGCACCAUUUAACACCUGAACAAGGGAAUGAGCUGCACCAUUUAACACCUGAACAAGGGAAUGAGCUGCACCAUUUAACACCUGAACAAGGGAAUGAGCUGCACCAUUUAACACCUGAACAAGGGAAUGAGCUGCACCAUUUAACACCUGAACAAGGGAAUGAGCUGCACCAUUUAACACCUGAACAAGGGAAUGAGCUGCACCAUUUAACACCUGAACAAGGGAAUGAGCUGCACCAUUUAACACCUGAACAAGGGAAUGAGCUGCACCAUUUAACAGUUGAACAAGGGAAUGAGCUGCACCAUUUAACACCUGAACAAGGGAAUGAGCUGCACCAUUUAACACCUGAACAAGGGAAUGAGCUGCACCAUUUAGCACUUGAACAAGGGGAUGAGCUGCACCAUUUAGCACCUGAACAAGGGAAUGAGCUGCACCAUUUAACACCUGAACAAGGGGAUGAGCUGCACCAUUUAGCACUUGAACAAGGGGAUGAGCUGCACCAUUUAACACCUGAACAAGGGAAUGACAACACAUUAAACAUUCCACCAAACUCAACAUUGUCAUCACUUUGA